CAACAGUAUGAGACAACUAUGUGCUUGACCUCACAUGACGACAAACCAGUUGCAGCUGUAUUAUGUCACAAGUAGCGGCCUCAGGUUUACCGGUUCGGCGACUUUUCGCAGAUGCCUUUUCAGAUGCGGAGGAUCGCAGUAAGACUAGCUCUCGGUGUCGAGAUGAGGCUAUGGAAGCAUGUCGUCAGAGCACGGAACGUUUGCGUAAAUUCUUUCAUUUUGAUGUGGACAACAUGACACCAGUAACGAAGGCGUUCACACCAUUGAGAUUAACUGACCCAACGCAUGUGUCAAAGUCAUGCAUACCGACAGUAAAUAUUCCAUCCACCAGAGACGCUGGUUUUCCCCGAUGGACCUGGGAAGAAAUUCCACUAGAUAGCUGCUACGUGCCGCAGUUUUAUCAUGCCGAAUACUGCCACCCUGGCAAAAAACUCUUUGUGUCGUCCAGUAGAGUAUUGUACACACUAAACAAGGCCCAUUACGAGUGGGCCACAGAUGACCAGGCAGUCAACGCAAAGAAUUAUAAAACAGUGGAAACUUUAACGCAAACUGAGCCUCAUAGGACAGCAAGGUCAACAUUGUUCGGUAUCUGGUGUGCCCGGAUCAGACGCGCUUCUCACACAGAAAUGUGGUCUAAAGAAACUAAGGAAAUCGGAAACGACUUCAACAAAUAUAGAGGCCCUUUGUCCACCGAACGGCAUCGUACAAGUUUAGCACUUGUAGCCAAAUCGGUUCCAGCAAAUUCCCCAGUCAAUCCCAUGCAUCAGAAAGUAUUACAGUCGGACACUUGGCAGCGGACUUCAAUAGGAUUCAAAGAAGGAACAGCUUUACUGACCACGUCGAGGGGCGAGGCAACCAAAGUUAGAACAACUCAGAGAUCGUCUUGCUAUCGACAGUUAACGCUCCACG